UCUCCCCAACACCCCGCUACCUCCCCUCAACACCAACCACCACUACUGUUCAUUAUUUGGCCACUUUGAGAUUUCCUCAGCGAGGAGGGUUUUUUACUCAAUAGAGCAGGACUUCUGGUUAUAUGUGCAUCUGAAGGGCUGAUUGCAGGCAAUGAAGCAGUAGAACAUUAGCAGGUGUAGACAUACCCCCCACACCACCUGCCAAGAUGGUGGCCCUGUCCCUGAAGAUCUGCGUCUGCCAGUGCAACCUGGUGAAGACCAUGCAGUUUGAGCCGUCUACGGCCGUCUACGACGCCUGCAGAAUCAUCAGAGAGAGGGUUCCCGAAGCCCAGACUGGACAAGCCUCAGACUACGGUCUGUUCCUUUCUGAUGAGGACCCCAGGAAAGGCAUCUGGCUGGAGUCAGGAAGAACUCUGGAUUAUUACAUGCUGCGGAAUGGGGAUAUCCUUGAUUACAAGAAGAAACAGAGGCCAUUGAAGAUCAAGAUGCUGGAUGGAGCUGUGAAAACCAUCAUGGUGGACGACUCCAAAACAGUGGGAGAGCUGCUAGUGACGAUAUGCAGUAGAAUAGGAAUCACCAACUACGAGGAGUACUCUCUGAUCCAGGAGGUAAUGGAGGAGAAGAAGGAGGAUGGGACAGGCACCCUGAAGAAAGACAGGACUCUGCUCCGAGAUGAGAGGAAGAUGGAGAAACUCAAAGCCAAGCUUCACACAGACGACGACUUGAACUGGCUUGACCACAGCAGAACGUUCCGUGAGCAGGGGGUGGAGGAGACCGAAACUCUUCUGCUCAGGAGGAAGUUCUUCUACUCAGACCAGAACGUGGACUCACGAGACCCGGUCCAGCUCAACCUGCUCUACGUCCAGGCACGAGAUGACAUCCUAAACGGUUCUCACCCUGUGUCCUUCGACAAGGCCUGUGAGUUUGCAGGGAUUCAGGCUCAGAUCCAGUUUGGACCGCACAUAGAACACAAACACAAGCCUGGAUUCCUAGACCUCAAGGAGUUUCUACCUAAAGAAUAUAUCAAGCAGCGAGGGAAUGAAAAGAAAAUCUUUCAGGACCACAAGAACUGUGGUGAGAUGACAGAGAUAGAAGCUAAAGUAAAGUACGUGAAGCUAGCCAGGUCCCUAAGGACAUACGGAGUGUCUUUCUUCCUGGUGAAGGAGAAGAUGAAGAGUAAGAAUAAGCUGGUCCCCAGGCUGUUGGGGAUAACCAAAGAGUCAGUGAUGAGGGUGGAGGAGAAGACCAAAGACGUGGUGCAGGAGUGGCCCCUCACCACUGUAAAGAGAUGGGCCGCCUCGCCCAAGAGCUUCACCCUGGAUUUUGGGGAGUACCAGGAGAGCUACUACUCAGUCCAGACCACUGAGGGAGAACAAAUCUCUCAGCUCAUCGCUGGAUACAUCGACAUCAUCCUCAAAAAGAAGCAAAGUAAAGACCGUUUUGGUUUAGAAGGAGAUGAAGAAUCCACCAUGCUGGAAGAAUCCGUCUCCCCUAAGAAGUCGACGAUCCUGCAGCAGCAGUUUAACCGUGUGGGUCGUGUGGAGCAUGGCUCUGUGGCUCUACCAGGGGUGAUCAGGUCUGGCUCUAUAGGAGCAGAGUCUCUCAGCAUGGGCACCAUGCCUUCUGCACAGCAACAGGUCAUCAUGGGACAGAUGCACCGAGGACACAUGCCACCACUGAGCUCGGCCCAGCAGGCCCUGAUGGGGACCAUCAACACCAGUAUGCAGGCAGUACAGCAGGCACAGGCUGAUCUGGGGGAGGUGGACAACCUGCCUCCUCUGGGACAGGACAUGGCGUCCAAGGUGUGGAUCCAGAACAAGGUGGAUGAGUCCAAACAUGAGAUCCACUCCCAGGUGGACGCCAUCACCGCAGGAACAGCUUCUGUGGUCAACCUCACCGCUGGUGACCCGACCGACACAGACUACACUGCAGUGGGCUGUGCCAUCACCACCAUCUCCUCCAACCUGACAGAGAUGUCUAAGGGUGUGAAGCUACUGGCUGCUCUUAUAGAGGACGACACGGGCGGGAGCAAUGACCUUAUGGGUGCCGCUAGGAACCUUGCCGGGGCCGUCUCUGACCUGCUCAAGGCUGUGGAGCCUGCCUCCGGAGAGCCCCGUCAGACAGUGCUGAGUGCAGCAGGCAGUAUAGGCCAGGCCAGUGGGGACCUGCUACUUCAGAUAGGAGAGAACGAGUCAGACGAGAGGUUCCAGGAGGUGCUGAUGAUCCUGGCCAAGGCGGUGGCCAACGCGGCAGCCAUGAUGGUGCUGAAGGCUAAGAACGUGGCCCAGGUGGCAGAUGACACGGUCCUACAGAACAGAGUCAUCGCAGCUGCCACGCAGUGUGCCCUCUCCACCUCCCAGCUGGUGGCCUGUGCCAAGGUGGUGAGUCCCACCAUCAGCUCCCCAGUGUGCCAGGAGCAGCUGAUUGAGGCAGGGAAGCUGGUGGACCGCUCAGUGGAGGGCUGUGUCCAGGCCUGUCUGUCUGCCACAGUCGACGGGGAGAUGCUGAAGCAGAUGAGUUCUGCAGCCAGUGUUGUCGGUCAGGUCCUGGGGGACCUGCUGGAGCACGUAUGCCACUACGCCUCCCACGGCGAGCCCAUUGGUCGCUACGACCAGGCCACCGACACCAUCAUGACCGUAACAGAGAGCAUCUUCAGCUCCAUGGGAGACGCAGGAGAGAUGGUUCGGCAGGCCAGGGUCCUAGCUCAGGCCACCUCUGACCUGGUGAAUGCCAUGCGGUCAGAUGCUGAGGUGGAAGUGGAUGUUGACAACUCUAAGAAGCUACUUGCUGCAGCUAAACUACUGGCAGACGCCACAGCCAGGAUGGUGGAGGCUGCUAAGGGUGCAGCGGCAUACCCAGAGAACGAAGACCAGCAGCAGAGACUGAGGGAGGCGGCUGAGGGGUUACGCGUGGCCACGAACGCUGCAGCUCAGAACGCCAUCAAGAAGAAGCUCAUUAACAGGCUAGAGAAUGCCGCCAAGCAAGCUGCAGCUGCAGCCACCCAGACUAUCGCUGCCUCCCAGAAUGCAGCAGCCUCCAAUAAGAACACUGCCGCACACCAGCAAUUGGUGCAGAGCUGCAAGGCCAUGGCAGAACACAUUCCCCAGCUGGUCCAGGGGGUAAGGGGCAGCCAGGCCCAGCCUGAAGACCUCACUACCCAGCUAUCCCUCAUCAUCACCAGUCAGAACUUCCUACAGCCUGGCAGUAAGAUGGUGACAUCAGCGAAGUCGUCUGUUCCCACGGUGAUGGACCAGGCCGCUGCUAUGCAGCUGGGUCAGUGUGCCAAGAACCUGGCCACCAGCCUGGCAGAGCUCAGAACCGCAGCACAGAAGGCCAACGAAGCCUGCGGCCCCAUGGAGAUCCACUCAGCUCUCACAGCCGUCCAGACUCUGAAGACUGAGCUCCAAGACGCCAAAAUGGCUGCCAUAGACAUGCAGCUGAAACCACUACCUGGAGAAUCGAUGGAGAAGUGUGCUCAGGACCUGGGCAGCACCUCCAAGUCUGUGGGAUCCUCCAUGGCUCAGCUGCUCACCUGUGCUGCACAGGGAAAUGAACACUACACAGGGUUAGCAGCCAGAGAGACAGCCCAGGCCCUGAAGACUCUAGCCCAGGCAGCGCGGGGCGUGGCAGCCUCUACCACCAACCCUCAGGCAGCGGCGUCCAUGUUGGAUUCAGCCUGUGAUGUUAUGGAAGGUUCGGCCAUGUUGAUCCAUGAGGCCAAGCAGGCCCUGGUCUCUCCUGGUGACUCAGAGAGCCAGCAGAGGCUAGCCCAGGUGGCCAAGGCUGUGUCCCACUCUCUGAAUAACUGUGUCAACUGCCUGCCUGGCCAGAAGGAUGUGGACAUGGCCCUCAGGAGCAUUGGAGAGGCCAGCAAGAAACUGCUGGGAGAAACGCUCCCUCCAUCCACCAGGUCGUUCCAGGAGGCCCAGAGCGAGCUGAACCAGACCGCAGCAGAUCUGAACCAAUCAGCAGGAGAUGUGGUCCACGCCUCCCGCGGCUCCAGCACCCAGCUCGCAGACGCAUCUGGGAAGUUCAGAGAAGACUUUGAUGACUUCUUGGACGCUGGCAUUGAGAUGGCUGGGCACACUCAGAGGAAAGAUGAGCAGAUCCAGGUGAUAGGUAACCUGAAGAACAUCUCCAUGGCUUCCAGCAAGCUGCUCCUGGCAGCCAAGUCUCUGUCUGUAGACCCUGGGGCAGCUAACGCCAAGAACCUUCUGGCUGCUGCUGCAAGAGCAGUGACAGAGAGCAUUAACCAGCUAAUCACACUGGCCACACAGCAGGCCCCGGGACAGAAGGAGUGUGACAAUGCCCUACGAGAGCUGGAGGCGGUGAAAGGAAUGUUAGCCAACCCCAACGAGCCAGUCAGCAACCUCUCCUACUUCCACUGCAUCGAGAGCGUCAUGGAGAACUCCAAGGUCCUGGGAGAGUCCAUGGCUGGCAUUUCUCAGAACUGUAAAACCGGGGAUGUGCCAGCGUUUGGGGGCUGUGUGGGACUGGCCUCCAAGGCCCUGUGUGGGCUCACUGAGGCUGCAGGACAGGCCUCCUACCUGGUGGGCGUGUCUGACCCCAACAGUCAGGCAGGGCAUCAGGGGUUGGUCGACGCCAUCCAGUUUGCACGAGCCAAUCAGGCGAUCCAGAUGGCCUGUCAGAACCUGGUGGAUCCGGACAGCAGCCCCUCACAGGUGCUGUCGUCUGCCACCAUCGUAGCAAAGCACACAUCAGCUCUUUGCAACGCCUGCCGCCUGGCCUCCUCCAAGACAGCCAACCCCACAGCCAAGAGACACUUUGUCCAGUCUGCCAAGGAGGUGGCCAACAGCACAGCCAACCUGGUCAAAACUAUAAAGGCUCUGGAUGGUGAUUUCUCUCAGGAGAAUAGGAACACGUGUCUGGUGGCCACAGCUCCACUCAUAGAGGCUGUUGAGAACCUCACAGCGUUUGCGUCUAAUCCAGAGUUCGCCAGCAUCCCUGCUCAGAUCAGCAAUGAGGGCUCUGCCGCUCAGGAGCCCAUCCUCCAAUCAGCUCGCUCUAUGCUGGACAGCUCCACCCACCUGCUGAAGACUGCACGUUCACUGGUUAUUAACCCCAAAGACCCACCCACCUGGUCGGUCCUGGCUGGCCACUCUCGGACUGUGUCCGACUCCAUCAAAGGUCUCAUCACGGCCAUCAGGGACAAGGCUCCAGGCCAGAGGGAGUGUGACUACUCCAUAGAUAACAUCAACAGAUGUAUCCGGAACAUUGAGCAGGCCUCGCUAGCCGCAGUCAGCCAGAACCUGGCCAGCAGGGAUGACAUCUCACUGGAGGCCUUGCAAGAGCAGCUGACGUCCACAGUGCAAGAGAUUGGAUACCUAAUCAACCCAAUAUCUACAGCCGCCAGAGGGGAAGCUGCCCAACUAGGACACAAGGUGACCCAGCUGGCGGGCUACUUUGAGCCUCUGAUCAGGGCGUCGGUGGGCGUGGCGUCCAAGCUGCAGGACCACCAGCAGCAGAUGACCUUCCUGGACCAGACUAAGACCCUGGCAGAGUCCGCCCUGCAGAUGAUCUACGCAGCCAAGGAGGGAGGAGGAAACCCCAAGGCGUCCCAUACGCAUGAUGCCAUAGCUGAGGCUGCUCAGCUGAUGAGGGAGGCGGUGGAUGACAUCAUGGUGACCCUGAACGAGGCCGCCAGCGAAGGGGGUAUGGUGGGCGCCAUGGUGGACUCCAUUGCUGAGGCCAUGGGAAGGCUGGACGAGGGGACCUCUCCUGAACCAGAAGGAUCGUUUGUAGACUACCAGACUACCAUGGUGAAAUACUCCAAGGCCAUUGCGGUCACCGCCCAGGAAAUGAUGACCAAGUCUGUGACGUGUCCAGAGGAGCUGGGGGGUCUGGCCUCUCGGGUGACCACAGACUACAGCCAGCUGGCCCUGCAGGGACGUCUGGCCGCGCACACUGCAGAACCCCAGGAGAUUGGUUUCCAGAUCAAGGCUGGUGUCCAGGAGCUGGGUCACGGCUGUAUCUUCCUGGUGCAGAAGGCUGGAGCGCUGCAGAUCACCCCCUCAGACAGUUACACCAAGAGAGAGCUCAUAGAGUGUGCCCGCACCGUCACAGAGAAGGUGUCAAUGGUGCUGUCGGCCCUACAGGCUGGUAAUAAGGGCACUCAGGCCUGCAUCACAGCUGCCAGUGCUGUCUCUGGCAUCAUCGCUGAACUGGACACCACCAUCAUGUUCGCUUCCGCUGGCACACUCAACGCAGAGAAUGACGAGUCCUUCGCUGACCACAGGUGUGUGUACAAACAAAAUGUGAAUAACUGGGGACAUUUUGUUAGUCCCCAUGAGGUCAAAUGCUAUUUCUAGGGGAUUUAGAGUUGA